CCAAUCGCGAGGCUGGAUGGCUGCCCAAGAUGGCGGCGCGCUGGGAGCGUAACAUCUGCGUUUCCAGGAGCUUCGCGCUGCCUGUGGUGUGAGACUAGGGGUUUAGCGGCCCCCUCCAGAUUGGUGGUUUGGCUGGAAGUUGGCCCACAGAGCUACCUAGGAGUGACAAGGCUGACAUUUAUAAAGGAAGUUGGAAUAGAAGAUAAUUUUUGAAAUAUGGCUCUGAGUAAAUCAAUGCAUGCAAGAAAUAGAUACAAGGAUAAACCUCCUGACUUUGCAUAUCUGGCAUCCAAAUAUCCAGAUUUUAAGCAACAUAUUCAUAUAAAUCUGAAUGGAAGAGUGAGUCUUAAUUUUAAAGAUCCUGAAGCCGUCAGAGCUCUGACUUGUACUCUCCUAAGGGAGGAUUUUGGGCUUUCUAUUGAUAUUCCGUUGGAGAGACUAAUUCCCACGGUUCCCUUGAGACUCAACUAUAUUCAUUGGGUAGAAGAUCUGAUUGGUCAUCAGGACUCUGACAAAAAUACUGUCCGAAGAGGAAUUGACAUAGGUACUGGAGCAUCCUGCAUCUAUCCUUUACUUGGAAGUACCCUAAAUGGCUGGUAUUUUCUUGCAACAGAAGUAGAUGAUAUGUGCUUCAACUAUGCAAAGAAAAAUGUGGAACAGAAUAACUUAUCUGAUCUUAUAAAAGUUGUAAAAGUACCACAGAAGACACUUUUGAUGGAUGCUCUUAAAGAAGAAUCUGAGAUAAUCUAUGACUUUUGCAUGUGCAACCCUCCCUUUUUUGCCAAUCAGUUGGAAGCCAAGGGAGUAAACUCUCGAAAUCCUCGAAGACCUCCACCUAGUUCGGUAAAUACAGGAGGCAUCACAGAGAUCAUGGCAGAAGGAGGCGAAUUAGAGUUUGUUAAAAGAAUCAUCCAUGACAGUUUACAACUUAAAAAAAGAUUGCGGUGGUACAGCUGCAUGCUGGGAAAGAAAUGCAGCCUUGCCCCUCUGAAGGAAGAACUUCGAGUGCAAGGGGUUCCUAAAGUCACCUACACUGAAUUCUGUCAAGGCCGAACAAUGAGAUGGGCCUUAGCUUGGAGUUUUUAUGAUGAUGUAACAGUACCAUCACCACCAAGUAAGCGAAGAAAAUUAGAGAAGCCGAGGAAACCCAUCACGUUUGUAGUGUUGGCGUCUGUGAUGAAAGAAUUAUCCCUCAAAGCAUCCUCUUUGGGCUCUGAGACAGUGGAAGAAGGCAUAGUAGUUGUGACAACAUGGAUUGAAAAAAUUCUCACUGAUCUUAAGGUCCAGCAUAAACGAGUUCCGUGUGGAAAGGGGGAAGUUAGCCUUUUCCUAACAGCCAUAGAAAACUCCUGGAUUCAUUUAAGGAGAAAGAAAAGAGAACGAGUGAGACAAUUGAGAGAAGUCCCUCGAGCUCCUGAGGACGUCAUCCAAGCUUUGGAAGAGAAGAAGCUCCCCCCCGAAGAGUCCGGCGGCAGCCACGACGUGGCCCCGGGCCCCCGGAACAGUGUCCUGUGUGGGCCUGCUCCCCUGGAAGGCGAGCCAGCCACUGUGGAGGGCCACGGCCCAACCCCGGAGGCGCUUUCCCAGGAAGGAGACCCAGGACCCGUGGAGGAUGAAAGGAGUGAGGAAAGGGGAGACAUGGAGGUUUUGGAAAGCGGUAAAGGCUCUAGCAAUGGAGCCCAGGACCGAGAGGCUUCUGAGCGGCUCAGCAGCCCAUUGUCUGAAAAAGAGACCCCUCUCCAAGGAGUGGCUGGACAUUACCUUUUCAAGUGUUUGAUAAACAUUAAGAAGGAGGUCGAUGAUGCCUUAGUUGAAAUGCACUGGGUUGAGGGUCAGAACAGGGAUCUGAUGAACCAGCUUUGUACCUAUAUACGUAACCAGAUCUUAAGGCUUGUUGCCAGUUAACUCCAAACUUCGUGCAUAGUUGGAAAAGUUCUACAAAGCAGCUUGCUUGCAGUGGCCUGUGGGGUGGCAAGAGAAAUUCUGCCAUGGGCCUAUUGGCAGCAUUAUGUGGAAUUACCAUUAAAAACAAAAACAAAUAAAUUCGUUUUUAGACCUCCCCCCAAUCCACUUUUUUUAAGUUGCAGGGCACUGUAGUGUGGUAGUCCAGGAGGAAGAAUUGUGAUUAUCAGCAUCAACAAAAAGCCAUCAGAAAACUCAUAAUGGAUCUAAACCUGAGUUAGUCUGAUUACCUUAGCUUUAGACCGCUUCUCUGAGGCCAAAAGGAUUAUUUUUGGAAUCUGGUCUGGAUCAGAACCGCACAGAGCAUCCUGCUUUCUCGUCCCCCAGAUGGAGGCAGUCCACCUGGGCAGUAGGCUCUGUACCCUCUUCCAGAGUCACCUUCAAGACUGAAGCCUUUCCCUGGGUACAUGUGAUUGCCUGCCUCUGAGUCAGUCCUCGGGAAAGAUCUGGCCGGAUGGUAGGAGAAGGGAGAGUCAGGGAGAGGAAGCUUAGUGAUGCCAGGAGAGGGCUGCUCUGGGGAGUGCCUGGAAACGUCACAUUCCUGACUCAUGUCCGUUUUGAUGUUGCUUAUUCCAGAAACAAUUAGGUAAGCAAAACUCCCAGAUGUGCGUGACUGAGACACGACAGAAUGAAGCCAUACCCCUACCUCCAACCUGUUGAAAGUACUGUUUGUAGUAGUUUUACUAAUAAUGACAUUUGAAAUGGAGCUUCGUUUUGUUUUUAAUAUAAGAGUAAUUCUGAAUUGAA